CCUGGUGCAGCCGCCGCGGCCGCUGUCAGGGAAGCGCAGGCGGCCAAUGGAACCCGGGAGCGGCCGCUGCUGCUGAGGCGGCGGUGUCGGCAGUCCGACCCCGACCGCCUGCACCCCCUCCGCGAGGGUCCCCCGGAGGAUUCCUGUGAUUCCUUAAAAGGAAGGGAAAUUGAGCUGACCUGCCUGCUUGGAAGAAGAGCUGUAGAUCAGAUGAUGCUUAAAAGCCAUUGUAUGAAAAUCUGAGAGCGUGUUAGGCCACCAGGAUUUGUGUGAAGCAGUUCAUAUUUAUCAUGCGAGGAAAAAGACUGAAGAAGCAAUAAUGGUGAUUAGGAUGGUGCUCAAGCCACCAAACUUGCACACACGGCAAGUGCUCCUACCCACUGAGCCUCCCUCACCUGUCCUAUGCCCAGCUUUCUGCACCUGUUGAUGUCAUCUGGUUUCUCGAACAGCUUGGAAGCUCGAAGUCUGGCUGUAGCCAUGGGAGACAUGGUAGUGGAGCCUGCCACCCUGAAGCCAACUUCUGAGCCUACUCCUAGCCCAUCAGGGAAUAACGGGGGCUCCCUACUAAGCGUCAUCACGGAGGGGGUCGGGGAACUGUCAGUGAUUGACCCUGAGGUGGCCCAGAAGGCCUGCCAGGAGGUACUGGAGAAAGUCAAGCUUUUGCAUGGAGGUGUAGCCAUCUCUAGCAAAGGCAGCCCACUGGAGUUGGUUAAUGGGGAUGGUGUGGACAAUGAGAUCCGUUGCCUAGAUGAUCCACCUACCGAGAUCAGGGAGGAAGAAGAUGAGAUGGAGCCUGGUGUGGUCUCUGGCACAGCCAAAGGAACAAGAAGAAGACGACAGAACAACUCAGCCAAACAGUCUUGGCUCCUGAGGCUGUUUGAAUCAAAACUAUUUGACAUCUCUAUGGCCAUUUCAUACUUGUAUAACUCCAAGGAGCCGGGAGUGCAAGCCUACAUUGGCAACCGGCUCUUCUGCUUUCGCAAUGAGGAUGUGGACUUCUAUUUGCCCCAGUUGCUUAACAUGUAUAUCCAUAUGGAUGAGGAUGUGGGUGAUGCCAUUAAACCCUACAUAGUCCACCGUUGUCGCCAGAGCAUCAACUUUUCCCUCCAGUGUGCCCUGUUGCUUGGGGCCUACUCUUCAGACAUGCACAUUUCUACUCAACGACACUCCCGAGGGACCAAGUUACGGAAGCUAAUCCUCUCAGAUGAGCUGAAGCCAGCUCACCGAAAGAGGGAGCUGCCAACUUUAAGCCCAGCCCCUGACACAGGACUGUCUCCCUCUAAAAGGACUCACCAGCGCUCUAAGUCAGAUGCCACGGCCAGCAUAAGUCUCAGCAGCAACCUGAAACGAACAGCCAGCAACCCUAAAGUGGAGAAUGAGGAUGAGGAGCUCUCCUCCAGCACCGAGAGUAUUGAUAAUUCAUUCAGUUCCCCUGUCCGGCUGGCCCCUGAGCGAGAAUUCAUCAAGUCCUUGAUGGCAAUCGGCAAACGGCUGGCCACGCUCCCCACUAAAGAGCAAAAAACACAAAGGCUGAUCUCAGAACUUUCCCUGCUCAACCAUAAGCUCCCUGCCCGAGUCUGGCUGCCCACAGCUGGCUUUGACCACCACGUGGUCCGUGUGCCCCACACACAAGCUGUUGUCCUCAAUUCCAAGGAUAAGGCUCCCUACCUGAUCUAUGUGGAAGUUCUUGAAUGUGAAAACUUCGACACAACUAAUGUUCCUGCCCGGAUUCCUGAAAACCGAAUUCGGAGUACGAGGUCUGUGGAGAACCUGCCGGAAUGUGGUAUCACUCACGAGCAGCGGGCUGGCAGCUUCAGCACUGUGCCCAAUUAUGACAAUGACGAUGAAGCCUGGUCGGUGGAUGACAUAGGCGAGCUGCAGGUGGAGCUCCCAGAAGUGCACACCAACAGCUGUGACAACAUCUCUCAGUUCUCGGUGGACAGCAUCACCAGCCAGGAGAGCAAGGAGCCUGUGUUCAUUGCGGCAGGGGACAUCAGACGGCGCCUUUCAGAACAGCUGGCUCACACUCCCACAGCCUUCAAACGAGACCCUGAAGACCCUUCUGCAGUCGCCCUCAAAGAGCCCUGGCAGGAGAAAGUGCGGAGGAUCAGAGAAGGUUCCCCGUAUGGCCAUCUUCCCAAUUGGCGACUCCUUUCAGUCAUUGUCAAGUGUGGAGAUGACCUUCGCCAGGAGCUGCUGGCUUUCCAGGUGUUGAAACAACUGCAGUCCAUUUGGGAACAGGAGCGAGUGCCUCUUUGGAUCAAGCCAUAUAAGAUUCUUGUGAUUUCAGCUGACAGUGGCAUGAUUGAACCAGUAGUCAACGCUGUGUCCAUCCACCAGGUGAAGAAACAGUCACAGCUCUCCUUGCUCGAUUACUUCCUGCAGGAGCAUGGCAGUUACACCACUGAGGCAUUCCUCAGUGCCCAGCGCAAUUUUGUGCAAAGUUGUGCUGGCUACUGCUUGGUCUGCUACCUAUUACAAGUCAAGGACAGGCACAAUGGGAACAUCCUUCUGGACGCAGAAGGUCACAUCAUCCACAUCGACUUUGGCUUCAUCCUUUCCAGCUCACCCCGAAACCUGGGCUUCGAGACGUCAGCCUUUAAGCUGACCACAGAAUUUGUGGAUGUAAUGGGCGGCCUGAACGGUGAUAUGUUCAACUACUAUAAGAUGCUCAUGCUGCAAGGGCUGAUCGCUGCUCGCAAACACAUGGACAAGGUGGUACAGAUUGUGGAGAUCAUGCAGCAAGGUUGCCGACGUUGCUCAGGAGCAUCUCUGUCUGGCCCCGUGGUGACGGUGGCUCAGGUCAUCUGUUCUCAGCUUCCUUGCUUCCAUGGCUCCAGCACCAUUCGCAACCUCAAAGAGAGGUUCCACAUGAGCAUGACUGAGGAGCAGCUGCAGCUGCUGGUGGAGCAGAUGGUGGACGGCAGCAUGAGGUCCAUCACCACCAAACUCUACGAUGGCUUCCAGUACCUCACCAAUGGCAUCAUGUGACACCACUUUCAGGCCCAGAAGUGGUGGGAUUGAAGGCACCCUCCUUAGGAGGACCCUUGCCUAAGAAAACCUAAAUCACAAAAUCCCACCUACCUAACCACCUACCCAAGGGAAAUGGAAGGCAAAAAACACAAAGGAUCAUGUGGUAACCAUGAGAGCUGGCCAAAGGGUAGGAGAGCCAACCAUGGGGUCCAGACUUGCUGGGGCUUCCCCACCUCUUGCUGUGUCAGUAUUGCCACCUGACAGAUCCCAGGACUCACUGCCCUCCAGAGAACAGAGAUGAUGAACAUGAGGAGGACUGGAACCUUCUUCCCCUCGGGGAUCUCAGAGGUUUUCUACAAAACCAUCUUUUACUUUCCCUGGGUCCCAGCAAGAUGGGAGGAGUGGGUUCUUGGUACUUAGGACUUAAUCCUAUGUUUGGCCAUGCUGCUGCCCAACUCUGUCCCCAUCUGGGGGCUGACCCCUAGCCCACAUUCCCGACAGGUGGGUCCUGCACUUGCUUAGGUUCCCCAUCAUGGGGGUAAGGAAGGGAACUGACACGAUCCCUCUAAUAUAUUGAGGGUAUUGGCUUAGCCAUGGGGAAAUUUCUCACCCUGAUCCUUUCCUCACACCCAGGGAAAUAGCUCUCAUUUUUUUUUUUUAAUUUUUAAUUUUUGUUUGAAAUAAAGUCCUUAGUUAGCCAUCU